AUGAGCCGACUGUCAGGUCGUUUGCGUUCGGCAGGAGUGCGCCUGGCUUGUGGGGCACUGGCUGAGGAAGAGUGUGGUGAGGCUGAAGGUUCCUCACCGUGGGAGGGUGAUGUUGGGCUUGAGGGGUCCACUGCCGGACUAACCGACUCUGCUCCUCAAGCUGCUCUACGUUACCACCUCUACUCUGCCUCAGCACUCUCUAAUGGCGUGCAAAACCAUGAUGACCAGCUCCAGAGCAGGGCAAGGAGACGCAGACACAUGGACCAUGGAGAACAAACAAACACUCCUGAACAAAUGCACAGGACCCAAAACACUCAGACGCACACACACCAACAGUCAGACAUGCUCACACAGACAAACGCAUGCUUGCAGACGAGUCACACACAUGGUCCAGCGGAUCCCCACUUACAAAUAGAAAGGAACACGCUGACUCACGCACAUUCACAUGCACAGAUGAACCUAGAUAUACAUAUGGACUCUAGCUCCUCGAUCAUGGAGGAGAACAUCUCACUGCUCCCACAGGACCUCUCAAAACGGCCGCAGAAUGAAACGCACACUCCCCAUAUUCAACCAGUCCUCCCUCCCACCUCAGAGAUUAAACGCAGCCCUACCACGGCAGCCCAUAAUCAAGAAACACACAAAUCCAUAACACCUCCACAUCUAGAACCUGACCACACAACUAUUCCAGACACUUGCCAUCCUCCUAAUACAGGCCACACCCCCAUCUCCACACCCAUUGAAGCGGAGAGAAAGUACACUCUAAGGAGUUCGGGUAGACCGCGUUUCCCCUGCCGGCUCCGAAAGUCCUCCCGCCUGCGCAGAGCUGCAGAAGAGACAGAAGUAAAGAGGGGAGAAGAACUUAAAGAUGAGGAAGAAGAGGCAAGGAGGUGGAAAGGAGAAGAAGUGAGGAUGAGGGAGGAGCAUCCUGCUGAGGUGGGUAUGCCCACUGCUUCCUGCGAGGUUAAGCCAGAACCAGCUUGCUUAAGCAGUGUAGCAUCUAGCCCUGGUGUGACAGAUCAGUUAGGAAGAAUUGAGUGUCUAAUGGCUCCACUGCUGACAAAAAGGAAAAGACGGGGUCGAUUUUUGGGUGUGAGGAAGAUUGUGGUCAAAGUGGCCAGAAUCCCAGUACACUUGAGUCGCCGUCAAAAGAGCUACAAAAUCUCCUCACUGGAGCCAGCAGGAGCAGUGCCGCGUGGAGAUGUAGGGCCAGGAGUUGAGGGGCCUGAAGGGGGGGUUGGAGUUGAGGGUGGACCCGUUGCGCCAAGGGAACCCACAGCUCUCCUCCGUAUGAAGAACAAUGGCAAGAGUGUGAUGGUGAUGUUUCCACCAGGAGAGCUACCAGUAAUCCUGAAGCGCCGCAGAGGAAGGCCACCAAAACAGGCGUUGCCAGGGCAACCGGACUUGCGGGAGACCAGAGCUGGUGCUGCAAAUGCUGCUGAGCCCAAGAAACCACGGCGGCGGCGGCGAGUGAAACUUCCAUCCCCGCAACCCUCUUAUGUUAAUGACACAAAUGAUGUCAAGGUGGAAUAUGGUGACGUUCUCUCAAAACUAGCUUUCCUCAACCGGCAGCCUCCUAGUACUGGUCGCUGCUCUCCCCCUCGCUGCUGGACCCCAACUGAUCCUGAGACCUUCCAUAAGCCCCCUGAAAACCCUACCCUCACCACCCUCCUGCACCGGCUCACAGGGUUUCGGAGACGAGGCGGCCGUGCAGGCUGUAUGGGGGGGCGGGGAGGUGGGGCAGCAGGAUGUUCUGAGAGUGCUAAGAGCACCUUCAGUGACUUCUUUGAAACAAUUGGCAAAAAACGGAAGGUACCCCCUUCAGAACCUGGACUCCCACGAAAGAGGGGAAAGGGGGGAAGUGGGGGCAUCAGUAGGGCAGCACUUGCGGAGCAAGGUGUCCCUGUUCCAGGGGAAAAGGCUGUACGAAAGCGUCGCUCACGAAAAAAUGGUACGCUUAAGACAGGGCAAGGGGCAUCAGAGCAGGACUGGGCAAAUGGGAGCAGUGGUUGGGGAGGGAAAAGUGGUGCAGAUACCCCUGAACGAGCAGGUGGGUACCAGGGCUCUGCUUCCCCUCGAGGUAAUUUCCCUACAUGUGAGGCAGGUAAGGGGGGACUGUACCAUAGCCCAGGGGCAAGAGGGGGAGGCAAUGGAGAGGAAGCACAAGGGAUGUUCGCCGGGUACUUCCGCUCACUGCUUGAUUCAGAUGACUCCUCUGACCUACUCGACAUCUCCAUGUCCAGCCCUGCAGGUCGUCCAGAUACCCGUAAGCUCACCCCAGGAUAUGAGAGCAGCAGCCCAGCAGCAGCAGCCCAUCGCUGGUCCCCUGCGGUGCCCAAGUGGAGUCCCAAAGGAGGAGCCUGUGCUGGGGAGGGGACACUGCAGCCCUCACCCCAAUCACAGAACAGUUCCACAUCCAGACCUCCUUAUACCUAUAGUGUCUCCCAAACCUCACCAACCACCUGCUUCCCCAAAUCACCUGUACUCUCACUGUCUCGUUCCCCAAGUUCUCCCCACCCUUCCUCCAGUGGAUUUACCCAGUAUCCCACUGGGUAUAGUGCUGGAACUGCAUCAGGGGGCAGUAAUUUCCCCAUCCCUCAGCACCAUCAGCAGCAGCAGCAACAACAGCAGCAGCAGAGAAUGAGUGACUGCAGUUUUGCGUAUGGUGCUAAAACGUCCACUGCUCCUCUUGCUACACAGUGCCAAAUGAGCUAUUCUAAUUACCAUGCCUCAGGCAAGCGAGGCUACAGUGGCUAUCCAGGACAAGCCCAAUCUGUCAUGCUACGGGGGGAGUCAUCUGGUCCAGCCUCUCCAGGGGGAACCUAUAUGUCAGUGACAAAGUCCAGUCCCUUCUCCUCAACCUCCUGUUCUCCUGAUGGUUGCAGGCAGUACCCCUCUUCUGCUCAGUGGGGAUAUAGGCAGGGGAGUCAUUCCUGGGGAGGCGAUGGAUUUGGGACACACCAGUUUCAUGGCUACACUGACUAUGGGGUAACAGGUGCAGCAUCUGAGUCCAAAGACAUCUUGGACAUCUCAAACUACACUCCACAGAAGGCCAAACAGCGCUCCUGUCCCGACACACUCUCUGAGUCCUCCUCUGAUUCCUCCCACACAGGGGGUGGGGGGCUUGGUGGCAUAGCAGGGUCAUUUACACCACGGGACGUUUCAGUAGUACCAGAGGGGCAAUCCAGUCUGUCCAGCCUGGAAAAACUAAUGCUUGAUUGGCAUGAGAAUUCUGCAGGCCCCUCGUACAACUGGAGCCAGAAUGUAUUGUUCCAAGGUGGUGCAAAAGCAGGACGUGGUCGAAGGAAACGGGCGGAACCACAGGGUGAGAGAGAAGCAUGUCCAGGUGCAGUGCCCCCCGGUUCACCCACUAGUCCCCCUGGACAGGGUGGGGGACCCAAACGCAGCUCUACAGGUGGGAAGCAGCCCAGAGGAGCGAGGGGUAGGGGUGGAUACUCCCCCUGUCAGAGAGAGCGUCCCCCGGUCCCCAAACCCAAACCCCAAAAGCCUUCAACUCCAACAGGAGCAGGACAGAUCAGUGGGGCAGGAGGUGUGUUCCAGGAAGCACUGGAUUACUACAGUGGAGACAGCAGCAGCCUGUCACCUCUCAGCCAUGCCCCUGAGCCCUGUGAGUACCCUUCUCCCUACUCCGUCCACACCUCUACUCCAUCUUCUGAUGAACGAUUUGCCCAGAUUUACCCUUCAGACUCUGCCUCACUGUCCCCCAGUUUACCUGCACAGCCAGAUGUCCUCAAGCCCUAUCCCAAACCAGCUCCUCCCGUUCAGACCUAUGGACACACUUCCAGGACAUUUAGCCCCACCCUCUCCCCAACACCACGUCUCUUGCCGCAGUGUGGCUCUACCCUGAGUCCACAUCGGGUCCCAAAGGACCAUUUUCCACAGUAUGACUCUCCCAGUUACAGCAGCUCCCCUUGCUGGUUUGGCCAGGGAGGGAGUGUUGCUGGCAGCCCCCACAGCUACGAGGAGCAGCGCCCCCCUGCCAGCAUUCUGCCCCCACACAAACGAGACCUGUCCCUUAUGAGUACUGGGAUGAGAGUCCCGUCCCAUUCUCCUUAUCCCUCACCCAUUCACAGAGGUCCCACCCUAACCAGUUCCUGCGGGGGUGGGACUAUAGACUCUUCGCCUCAGUCCGAGGAGCUGGGUUACCAUGGUAAUAUGGACAGCUAUGCACACCUGGGGAAUCGCUAUGUGCCACCAACUUCCCGUGGGGGUGUACUCUGCCAGCUACUAGACCAGCCCAGUGAUGACGGCUUUACUGUCACCAGCCUGUAG